AUGUUUCAGGAUGAUUUAAAAGCAAACAAGUCUAAAACAUUUAUGAUUGUAGAAAAAGAAACAAAAACUGGUAAAUUUGAAAUUGUUUCUCGCGAGGAUGAGAAUUAUGAAUUUAUUCAUCUAGUUCUUAAAAGUGAUAUAAAGAUGCCUAAACUAAACAGUUUAUCAAGUGUUUAUAUAUACGAUGAUCAAGGUCACAAAAAGUUAUAUAGACCUAUUUUACAACAAAAAAGUAGAAAGAAAAUAGAAAUAAUAGUUAAUAAAAAUUCAGAAGAUUACCUGGAUAAGUACAUAUGCAAGCAGGAUGAAAAAGAAAAAUUAACAGUUGAGUAUUUUAUAAAAGAGGUAGUUACUGACUGCAGUAAUUUUAAGACAGUGUUAUGUGUAUCAGAAAAAGAUGGAAUUACAUCAUCAAUGCAAAUAGCCAUUUCAAAUGUAGUUAAAUCUACAAAUGAAUGUUAUUUUACUCUUUUAAAUAUGCACAAGUAUAAAAAAGAUAUUAUGUUUGAAAAUUUUAUUAAAGGUUUAACUGAGACAGGAAGUUUACAUAAUAUAAACUUUGUAACACAUAAUGAAAAGGGAGAGGUGGUAAAUGAGCUAGAUCACUACAAAUUGUUUGAUCUUACGGAAGGUAAAAGAUUUGAUCAUCAUUUUGUUUGUGGCUCAGAUGAAUUGGUUGAAUUUUUCUUUGGAGUUAAAGAUCCAAUGAAUAAGGAAAAAACAUUAAGUGGUAUUUUAGGUAACAUGGGAUAUAUGAAUGACAGUGUUACAAUACUUCAAUAUGAAAGGAAAAGUCAAUAA